CACGCGGCCGGGCCGGGCGGGGGCAUGGAGGGCGGCACGGAGGGUGGCGCGGAACGCGGGGCCGGGGCGAACGCCGGCCAGCGCGUCAUCCUGCUUCCAGAAUAUCUGAAAAAUACUUCCAAAAAGAUGAAGAAUGGGCUUAUGUUUGUAAAAUUAGUUCACCCAUGUUCAGGGGAAGGAGCCAUUUACUUGUUUAAUAUGUGUCUGCAGCAGCUUUUUGAAAUAAAGGUUUUUAAGGAAAAACACCAUUCUUGGUUUAUAAAUCAGUCAGUUCAAUCAGGUGGUCUUCUCCACUUUGCAACACCCAUGGACCCUCUAUUUCUUCUUCUCUACUAUCUUAUAAAGGCUGAUAAAGUGGGAAAAUUUCAGCCCUUAGAUCAAGUUGUGAUGGAUGACAUGUUUCCGAAUUGUAUCUUGUUGCUGAAACUUCCUGAACUUGAGAAAUUACUUCAACAUGUGACACAGGAGAAAGAAAUAAACAGCAAAAAAUAUUAUAAGUACAGCAAAGAGAAGACCUUGAAGUGGCUGGAAAAAAAGGUUCAUCAGACUGUGGCAGCUUUAAAAACCAAUAAUGUAAAUGUGAGUGCCCGAGUACAGGCAACAACUGCAUUUUUCUCUGGUGAUCAAGCAUCUAGUGAAAAGGAAGAGGAUUAUAUUCGCUAUGCCUAUGGCCUAAUAUCUGAUUACAUCCCUCAAGAAUUAAGUGAUGACUUAUCUAAGUAUUUAAAGCUCCCAGAACCUUCAGCUCCAUUGCCAAAUCCUCCAUCCAAGAAAGUAAAGCUAUCCGAUGAGCCCAUCGAAGCCAAAGAAGAUUAUACUAAGUUUAACUCUAAAGAUCUGAAGACUGAGAAGAAAAAUAGCAAAAUGACCGCAGCUCAGAAGGCUUUGGCAAAAGUUGACAAGAGUGGAAUGAAAAGUAUCGAUUCCUUUUUUGGUGCAAAAACUAAAAAAAAAUGUUGAACAGAUCUGAAAAUUUGAAAAAGAAAUCUAGCUCAUUACAUGUAUAAUUUCUACCCCUUCCUCCAAUGCCACUGUACUUACCCUUAAUUACCACCUGAUGGGUGAAAGGGCAGGCAUUUUUUUUUAACAUUUCUUUGUAUUUGAUUUUUAUGUUCCUGAACAGAGUAUGGGAAAGUAAUCAAGUAACUUCAUGGCGUAUGACCUUUGGAGUUUCUUUUCACAUAGUGAAAAGUAAUCAAGUGAAUAGAAUUAACAUAUAAUGUCACAGUUUCCUCAAUAAACUGACAUGUGAUCAUA